AUAGACUGCCUGCCAGCGGCGGCAGCAACCAAGUAACACUAAGAUUGCCUCACCCGCUGCAGCUCUGCCCCCCUGCGCCGGUCAGACAGCACCGCCUCAGCACUACAUCUCCCAUCGAGCCGCCGACACGGGAGGCCCCAUAACGGAGUGGCAGACUUGCUGGCUUAGUGUCGCCUGCUCGGAAUGCACAGGACGGCUCCCAUCCCUAUCCCGACUUCUCUGUAGCAAAGCCAGAUACCAUCCACCGCUCCGCCGUAGCUCCCCACUGUGCCUGCCACGCAGCGCAGCAGGCCGGCAGGCUCCGCCUGUGUGGCAUCUUGCCUUCAGGCACCUGUGUGGCCGCCCCUGCCGCGGCGCCGUCCCUGUGAGUGCUGCGGGCGGCGCGGCGGGGCCCUGGCGGCGCGGGUGAGCACGGGCUGCCGUGGGACGCGGCCUGGCUGCGCCGUGCACCGGGAUGAGCGGCAAGGAAGGAUCUGGUGGGUUCAGAAAACGAAAGCAUGACAAUUUUCCACAUGGUCAAAGAAGAGAGGAAAAGGAGAAUGUUAAUCCAUCUUCAGCUUUGAUGAUGUCUUUUAAAUCCUUUCAGCUGGAGCUUGACACCAGGCACGACAAAUAUGAGCGCCUUGUGAAGCUCAGUCGCGAUAUAACUAUCGAAAGCAAAAGAACAAUAUUCCUGCUCCACAGGUUUACCAGUGCUCCCAAUAGGGAAGAAAUACUGAAUGAAUCUGAAGUCAAGCUAGACGCCGUCCAAAGGAAAAUUAAGCAGGUUGCACAAGAACUGGUUGGGGAAGACAUGUAUCAGUUCCACAGAGCUGUAUCUCCAGGACUUCAAGAAUACGUGGAAGCAGUCUCAUUUCAGUAUUUUAUCAAAACACGGUCUUUGAUUAGUGUUGAAGAGAUCAACAAACAGCUAAUAUUUACAGCAGAAGACAGAGAAGAAACAACAAACAUGACCUCCAGUUCCCAUGAUAAACAACCACAGACUUGGAGCCUGAAGGUAACACCUGUAGAUUACCUGCUGGGAGUGGCUGAUCUCACUGGAGAGCUGAUGCGGCUGUGCAUCAGCAGUGUGGGGAACGGUGACAUAGACACGCCUUUUGAACUGAGCCAGUUCUUGCGUCAGAUUUAUGAUGGUUUCACUUUCAUUGGCAACACUGGACCUUACGAGGUAUCUAAGAAGCUGUAUACCUUGAAACAGAGUCUGGCAAAAGUAGAGAAUGCCUGCUACACGUUAAAAGUACGGGGGUCUGAAAUCCCAAAACACAUGCUGGCUGAUGUAUUCUCCUCCAAAACGGACUUGAUUGACCAAGAGGAGAGCCUUUCUUAAAUUAAGGAGACUGUUGCAACUCAGAAGGCAAGAAGCCUUAGAGAAAGCUUUUUGGUUAUGGUUUGUCAGGUUUUGACCUUUCCCAAAGCUUUUUUAGGUAGAGACAUAUGCAGUUUUAUCUAUGAGAAGUUUAUUUGCAGUGGUAAUUUGUAAUCAAAACCACUUUUUAUGAUGUGCAGGAGAAGAAAUGUUUGACUUUGUCCUUUAGGUUUGGAGUUUCCUGUACUGACUACAUUGUAUCUUCUUUCAGAAUGACCAAAAUUUCCACUGCACUCUACACCAGUGACUCUCAGUUGUGUUAGUUGCCUCAGGCAGUUGUGGUUGCUGUUAGUAGUUUUCAGCAAGUACAGCACUGGGAAAAAUAAAAAGAUUAGGUACUGUUAUUUAGCAUUAUCCAUGUGUUUCUGCUGGCCUGAUUUUUGAGGAUUUGGGUUCUGUACCUAUGUCAUAUGGAAAACAAUGCACUUAGGUAUGCGUGAGUUGAUCAUCGGACUUGAAACUGAGGUGGCCUCAAAGGUGCCCUACAACUUCAGUUUCCUCUGAUGAAUGCUUUGGAGCAUGAAACCGAAAAUAAGUCACCAACUGAUAGUGAAGCUCCUUGCACCAAGUAAAUACUACUGUGAACUCCUGACUUUGGGGUUCUGUUUAAACUGAGUUUCGUUCACGUUAAUACUGGUAUCUCACAGUUUCACCCUAAGCUUGAAAUCCACCAAAAAAUAAACUCUGGAAUGUGUUGAUUUACAUUUUUUUUUUAUGAUACAGUUUGAUUCAGAAGCUGUAGACAAAAUGAGGAGACUUAGCAAGUACAUUAAGCAUGAACAAUUUGGUAUUAGGAUAAGCAGUUUGGGGCCAGAGCAAAUGCAAUGUGGUGUUGGAAAUCUUUUCUCUGUUGUUUGUGCUGCCCUGAGGACAUCCAGUGGGGUAGAAUUGGUAUAAUGAAAAAGAACUAGUCAAGGUUUAAAUAUCUGUUAUCAGGAGCUAUAUCAUGUGCGUGCUCCUAUGGAAAGGAAAUUGCAAACAGAAGGCAGACACUCUGACUUCCCCAUUUAUCUUUGAGGUGGGUAUGUCACCAUUGGCAAAAAAUCAGGGCUUUCUGCCGGUGUCUGAAGUUAUGAAUGUCUGAUAAUGUACAUUAUGCUAAAGGAAAACAGAUAAAAACAACAUGAUCUUUAGACUUCAGGAAAUAGGCCUCCCAACUGCAACUGAAAAUACUGCAUGUCUUUUAUUUCCACUUCCAUAUGUUGUGAUGCUGCCAAUAUUUUUCCCAUGAGCAUAUCCUGCAUAGCUGGGAUCAUCCGAUACAUGGAUAGGAAUGAGUAAAUAACCUUUCUGUCACAUUUUCCCAUUGUUGCCACAUAAGGCACUAUGAGGUGGGGUUUUUCCUAUUGUUGAAUACUAUUUUUUUUACAAUAAAUGACAAAAAGCA